AUGACUGCUGGUGAUUAUGCAAAAGAUGACCCCCGCGAUGUUUAUGGAAAUGAAGCAUCACCGGAAUAUGAAGAAGAUUUUUCAUAUGAAAAGGAAGAUAGGAAGAAAAUUGUGUACUGGGUCAAACGUGCUGUUGGACAAUUUCUGGAUGCUUUUGAAUCCGAGUAUAACCCUAUACAACAAGUUGAUUAUCCUCUUGUGUCCCUUGGGGAGAAGGUUCAUCUUCGAAGACGCAACAAAGAUAAAAAUAUAUUGAUAGAGCAACUUGAGCGGGCCAACCAAACAGAUUUAUUAUCUUCCACGAAUGCUCAAAAUGACAUGUUAGAAAAGUUCCAAGGUAGAAAUAGAGAUACAUAA